GACAAGUACGAACAAAGCAUGCGCAAUCUGGAUGAUGGUGAACGGAAGCAACACCGGCUCAUCCACAUGAUGCGCACUUCUUUGAAGAAUCAGCAUGGGGAGCACAUGGAAGAGUUCCAGAACAUUUUAGAUGCGGAUCUCGAUGAGCUCAACUCCUCAAACUCCUCGAGUAGCUCAAACAGCGAAGAUGGCGACGACGAAGAUGAGGACGAGGACAAAGAAGCGGAGGAUGAGGAUGAGGAGGAGGAUGAGGAUGAGGAUGAGGCUGAAGAAGGACCUGAAGAAGACUCCAAAGAUUCGGCGAAGAAAUCGGAAGAGUCUGCAUCGAGCAAGGCUAUCUCCCCCCUGGCCGCCCGACAGGCAAAGCAACCAACCGCGAAGGAGUGCGCAGCCAGGAAGAAAGCAAAGAAAGGCACAGAGAUCUGGUGCGGCUGCAACACGAAUUCCGAGCCCAUCGACAAAGAGGAUGCCUGCGAAGAUCAGGGCGGAGGCCGCAACACGGUUUGCCAAUGGUCAGCUGAAGCAUCCGCGUGCCUACCGAAAGGCAAGUGA